AUUAUGUGAUUGACAAGAGUGGUUUUCGCCAUUAAAUGAAACCAAAUGAACAUAGCAAAAUAACAAGCCAUCCGACAACCGCUGAGUAUCACUCAGCUAAUAACAGAUAUAUUCCGCCUGAUCACUACAGACACUAUGACAGCUCUCGUGAUUACGGAAAACACCACGAUGGACUCGGUUACGGCGUAGGUCGAGGACAUAGUUUUCAUUCGUGUUUAAUGUGAAGCACAAACGACGACGAGUGGUUGUUUGCAAAAAAGCUCCUCUACUAAAAUUAGUUACUUUGCUUCUACCAAUAAAGGUUAGUGCUAAAAAAUAGAUCACAUGUUAAGUUUUAUCUGAGAAUGUAUUUAUUAGUUGUAUAAAGCUCCAUGUUGGAUAUGCGUAUGGUCACAACUCCGAGUGGUAAUUUUAAUCAAUGCCGAAAUGAGAAAGCAAGGAAACAGCCAUUUCAUCAUUAAGGUAGCAUUAAGAGAUUACGAUCGAACUAAGGGGUCCAUUAUUUCUGUUAUACAAUAUGCAGCAGUUCGUUAAAAUAGUUUCAGUACCGUUCCUCCCAAAGCUGUUUUGAAGAUUGAUUCUUUCCAAUAUAUUUCUAUAGUAGCAUGUUCCACUUCAUACUACAUUAAGCAGAGAAUAGAAAAUUUUCGAAUUGACAUGCUUAGAUUCAAGUUACAAGCGACAAGCAGAGAGAAAAAUGUCUGCCAACCGUAAUAAGUUCGAAUAUUUAUAUACGAGUGAAAAUCGCUCCGUUCACAUAAAUCAUAGAUUCAUUAUCCAAAUUGAAAACUGAAUGAAAUGUAUUUUAAUAUGUAUUCAUUAUAACCAGCAUAUGCAUUUAUCUCAUAAAUGCAAAAGUAUUUCGUUAUUUUGACCUGAGUAGCUAAGGCCUGGGUUGCAAGAAUGAAACAUCAGGUUCAAGCCAAACCAUCAAUUUUACGUCUUCCAAAUAACACGGAAAAAUCUGUCUUGUUAAACUCUCUUUAUUUUAUAAUUAUAUGUUCGUUGAUAUAUUGAGCUGAUAUUAAGCUAUUAACUGAUUAGUUUAAGCAGUUGAUACCAGUUUAUAGCUUCUCCCAAGUCCAGACACCAACACAAAGGAGAGCGCCAAGGGUUAUUUUAAACAUGCGGUUUCGUCGUGGUCGCCUAGAGGUCUCUGCGGUCACGUCGCCUGCUAACUGUGCACAAACUGCGCAGACGACGCUGCAGCCGCUGCUGAACCGAAUCGACUUCGAUUUUUCGAGUAGAGCGUUUAUACAUUGAACGGAACACCCCGACGGUGGCUUUAGACCAAAUCCACUAUUGUUUCUGAAUGCAAUCGUGCCAAUUAGAGAAUAUUUGUGAUUUGGUUAUUUACUAUUUUGUCGUUUAUGCUACGCGGCGUUCCACUCUAAUACCAAACGAAUCAAUUGCUCACCUUGUCGGAGGUCUUCUCUGCGUGCAUCAAGCUUCUUGAAAGGGGAUGUUCCAGAGCUAUAUCGCAAACUUCCUUUAUGCUGGGCAUUAUCCCAUUCCAUAAAUAUUUGCAGCGUAAAGAUUGAAAUUUGAAGUGUGCCCAGGGUUGUUUGCUCUUGUUUUUUUUGGAGAUUUGCGACCCCUGCAACUCGCAUUUUUAAGAAGUAAAUCUCUAACCGGGUCUUUAAGCCAGAAUCGUGUAUGAGCUGGCAUUGUGGAUAGGACACUAUUAGGCACCAAGAAACCACAAUUGUUUAUAUAGCAAAGUGAACGACAGUACAGUAAACGAUGGAUAAGCUCGCGGGUGAUUUGAUGAAUGACUCUGAUUCCGACGAUCAGGAUUACGUUCCGUCAGGCGCCGAAAGUGAAGAAGACGAUGAUGCACCGGCUGACAACAGUGAAAUCCCUGAUGAAGAUGAAGCGGAGAAACAGAAGACUGAUGCUCUCUGGGCUGACUUCAUGGCGGAUGUCGAGCCACUUUCGAAAAAAGCUCGAGUCGAAGACAAGGACACCAAGAGUUUAGAUCCAAAUAAUGAGGCUGUGGACAUUAACGAUUCAAAGAACGGUGCAGGUGUAAAUCUAAAACGGGACAGUUCCGCUUCAAGUGAAAUUAAGGAGUCAGCUAAGGAUAGUGGAGGUAAUCACAGCAAAACUGCGGACUCAACCGAUGACAGUGUGGGCACUUCAGGAACGAGCAACAAGAUCAAGGUAACCCAGGUAUUUGACUUCGCCGGCCAAAAGAUUGAAGUUGAGAAGGAGGUGGACAAGAAUUCGAAAGAAGCAAAGCAAAUACUGGCUGAACAAUCAAAGAAAUCUGACGAGAAGAAACUUCUUGUCAGACCAAAAGUGGGCGGAGGUCUGAGCACAAUUGUCAGUGGACUACUCAAUAAAAAGAACAAGAUGAGCAUCUUUCAGAAGACGCAGCUGGACUGGGACAAUUUUACGAAAGAAAAAAAUAUCAAAGAAGAAUUAGCUAACUAUAACAAAGGUAAAGACGGCUACCUCGAAAAAGUGGCUUUUCUCGACAGAACCGACUUACGUCAGUUUGAACUAGAAAAGGCUAUGCGUGAUCGGCAACGCGCAGCAAGGGGAGGGAACAUGUAAUCGAAAGCACGUGGCAAGCCUACGCGACCAUAUAAGCUGGUGACCCGAAAAUAUUCGCUUAAUAAUACCACACUGAUAUAGAUACUAAAAUAUAUCUGAGCUGGCGCAGUGACGCAGUUACAUUAUAAAUAGGUAAAAUAUACCAGAACUAGAUAGCGGGAGCAUUCCCGAAGCAGCCGAAUAUUUACCAUAGCAGCAAAUUCUUGAUUUGUUUUGUAAACCUCAUAUCUAAUGAGUAUUUCGUAACAAGUGGUUGCCUGUUUAUUUUGAUGUUUUCACAAAUGUAUGAACAUUUAUGUAAUCAAUGCUACUGUGAUCUUUUUGAAUGGUCAAGCAUAGAUAACCCUCAGUGACACGGAGUGUAGUUGAUUGGUACGUAUCAGCAGUCUGUACACGAGGAUACGAUGAAUUCGGUAGAUCAAACACAAUCUAUCAGACAAUAGUAUACCGAUGAACGUUUCUAAGUCGAACGGUUGUAUGAUGGGAUGCAUGUGGAAAAAGAAUGUGACCAAUGCCAGGGUUCCGCAGGCAUAGCAUCCAGAAAUAACAUGGGAUCUGUUAGUAAUAGGUCGAUUUGCGUUGGGGUGAAACAAAGGUGGAUAGAAGAAUGUUCCGUGUAAAUAUUUGAUGCAUUUUCAUAGCUUCUUGUGCCUACCCUGCGCCCCGUCGAGGCGAAAUUUUUCUAAGAAAUGAAAUAAAUGUCGUUGUGAACAACUGAAGUGCUUAUUGA